AUGUCUCCUCAAAACACUUUCACAUUCCUCCUUACCCUUGCUGCCGGUGCUGCUGCCGGCCGGGUCCAGUACAGACAAGUGGACUGCUCUACGACAACAACACUAGACGCCCUUACCGUCACCAGAGUAGAGCCCAUCUCGAUAUAUAUCCUCCCUGAACAACAGCAACAGCAGCCCACAGGUACGGGAGCAGACGAUGAGGGUUUCACGGCAGUCUACACAACCGUCUACCCAACCUUCGCUCCGGAAUGUUCUGAGGGUUUGAGGGCGGAGACUUACACCAUCACACAAACUUGCUCUGGCUCCAUCACCCAAUGCCACGGAUACGGUGAUGACCUGCCCCCAGGCUUCACCACCACUCAGGCAGUUUGCAACGACGGCCCCACACCAGUCACUGCGGUCCUCACCGUCCCUCAGGAGACUGAUGCCGUGGUCACUGUCACUGUCGAGGAGGUCAUCACCGAGCCCGGUCUGACUACUACUCGCCUGGUCACCAAGACCUGCGCCAACGGCCCUUGUCUGCCAGACAUUACUGCCGCCGCCGUUCCUGGAGCCGACAGGUUAACCAUCAACGGAGGCACUAUUGUGCUGCCUGUCACGGUCACCAAGACUGAGACCGACAAGACGACAGCAACUGAGAAAGAGACCGCCACGGUCACCACUACCAGCGACUCCAACGAGUUCAACCCCAACGGCUUCAACAGCGGAGCGGGACACAUGAUCCCCUCUAAUAAGUCCAUGGUCUUUGCCAUGAGUGCGUUCGCUCUCUUGUUUCUUUUGUCAGCAUAA